AGAUGGGGAUGUACUAUUGAUAGUUGUUAUAUCUGCACUUCAUGUAGCCUACUUCAUGCACAGUUACUUCCUGGAUCGGGCUCAUUCAUUGGAGAAGUCCUCAACAACAAGUUAUCCCCUGUGCUGAAGCUCAUUUGAUCGCCAACAAUGACCCAUCCAACGGAUGAUUUUUUCUGUCCUCAGCAGAAAAGUAGCCAGGGUCUACACACGCAGGAAAGUGGUGAUGCUGGCUUCUCCUCCAACAUGGAGCACAGGUUUAGUGAUAAUUACAAUGAAAAUGCUUUACCUGUAGCAGAUAAAGGCAGCUUUGUGAUACCCAUUCCUAAAGAGGAACUAGGGGUUUGUGAGUGGCCAAUGGGAGGAGAGAUAGUGCCACAACCGCCAGAGCUUGAACCUACUCCCUGUACAAAUGGAAAUUUGUUGUACAUGAAGGCCCCCAGAAACCCUGAGUCACCGUCUGUAGCUGGUCUGGUUCAAGAAGACAACUUUCCACCACAAACCAGGCCAAUAGCCGUGUCAGAGAACGGACUGCAAGAGGAAGCUAUCGACACUUUAUCCAGAACAGCAACCGUUACGGAAGGAGAGCCGGGAUUAGAGAACUGCAUCAUGGAUGCCGGAGGAAACCCAGUGAAACCAAAAGGCCCAUCAUCGGUUCCCGUGGGUGUUAGGAAUGGCAACCACCCCAGGAAAAGAGCUACAGGGAAUAACUGGAAAUUUUGCUUUUUCCUGGCACUUACAUGUAUUCCUGUGUCUGAGGGCUUUCCUGGAGCGCAACCUGCAGGAGACCAAAAGUACCAGCGCUUUAUCUGCACGGACAAGGACAAAUGCCCAGAGCUGAUCAACAUAUACGGCCACGAUGACGCUCUUCUUUACUCUCGGGACACCAAAGCAGCUUUUCCAGGCUGCUCUGAUGAUUCUUUACCUGCUCUUAGGAACUGCUCCGUGUGCCGUGACCAGGACCAAAUCAUCAUCAUUUGCCCAGAGGACGUGGGGAAAUUAGAGGUGGAAUCCAGCGGUGGAUUAAUGAUUGAAAACAUCUUCCCUGUCCGUGAAGAGCAGCAGCAGCAGCCAAAUAAUCAUGCAAAUACUGGCCUGAGUCCCAGCUGUGGUCUCGUUUUGAUUGUGGCUGCAGCACUUGGUAUUUGCAACUGCUUCUAAGAAGGUGAAAAAAGGUCAACAUGCAUAAUCACAGAGAAGACAGCAGAGGCCAUUCUCUCACCAAGCUAUUUUUAUUUUUCUAUUCAUCUUUUUGUUGUAAUUUUUUUUUUUUGCAAGUCAAGUGUGUGUAUUGAAAUUGCUUUAGCUUUCAUAUAAGUAAAAUAGCUGCAUAGUUUUUUUUUAAUGAAUAAUUAAUAAUUAGAUAAAUCUGGACUCAACUAUUAAUUGAUUAGCAAAAUAUUUACAGAUGUGUACAUGUGCACCUGUUGUCUUAGCUGUUAGCAACAUAUGGUUCUGUCAUUAUUCAUAGCACUGACACUAGACCAUGCCAUGGAGUUGUUAUUGAAUAGUCACUGGAGGAAGAAGUAUUUAGAUCUUUAACUUAAGUAAAAGUUGCAGCAGCAGAGUCCAAAUAUCCUAAAUCCUGCAUUCAAAUUUUUUUAUUUAAGCAAAAGUAUAGCUUAGCUUAGAAAUAGGCCUAACAUCAUCAGUAAAAAUACUAACAAGUACUAAACAUGCAGAAUAAUACAUAUUAUCUCAUUAAUUAAAUGUUUAAAAUGUGUAAGCAUAAUUUUUAUGUUGAAGCUGCUGGAGUCACACUUGAUUUUGGGCGUGGUAGUUAGCUAUUACUGCUAUUACUAGCUAUCACUUCCCACUGUACUACUGGGAAGUGAAAAAAUUGCAUAACCUCAACCCUGCAAUAACUGGGCCAUACACACACCAGCGCGCGCGCGCGCACACACACACACACACGCACACACACACGCACACACACACACACACACACACACACACACACACACACACACACACACACACACACACACACACACAUAGGUUGACCAUUAACAAACAGUGGCCUGAUACUGUUAUCAGUGUGGUCCGGAUCGUACCAACUCGUGGGUGGGUGAAACACUGUUGCUUCAAAGUCUAAUUUCUACAUUAAAAAACUAAAGUAAAUUGGCAAGGAGACUGUUUUUAUUCUGUCAUCGUGUCCUGCUCUCACCA